AUGGCGCACGAGGGCGCGCGGGAGCGCUACCUCCAGAACAUGAAGCGGCUGAGCCGCGGCGGGCGCAACACGCUCAACAAGACGUCGACGCGGAACUUCAACGAGGGCCUGCCCCCGCCGCGGAGCGUGCUCGAGGCGCAGGCGAACGGCGACGCGCCGCCGCCGCCGCAGCCCGCGCCGCCGGCGUCGCCGCGGUCGAGCGGCGUCGCGUCGCCGCGGAGCUCCCAACGAAAGCGCGAGCAGGCCGCGAUGCGCGGCGGCCGCCAGACCGUCAAGGCGGCGCCGGGCCGCGCGUCGACGCGGCCGGGCCCGAAGCUCAAGAAGCAGCAGACCAAGGCCAUGUUCCAGGCCGCGGCGUCCGCGGCGUCGAAGGGCCUGAGGACCGCGCGGGCCAUCAAGAACGCCGAGGGCUUCAUCCACGAGGCCCACGGCCUGGGCCACGUCGACGAGGACGCCAUCUUCGAGGAGGACGAGGACGAGGAGCCGUCGCCCGGCCGGCGGUCGGGCCGCGCCGCGCACCACGCGCCGCGGCCGCCGGGCCUCGGCAUGCAGGGCAAGUCGCUCACGGCGUCGUCGCGCCAGUUCGGCGCCGCCCAGCGGUCCCACGACGCCGUGCGGGCGACGAUGCAGAUGCUGAGCAAGUCCUUCAAGCCCGAGUCCCUCCAGCAGUCGUCGGCGCGCGACGCGACGAAGGAGAAGGAGCAGACCGUCAUCGAAGAGAAGGACGAGGACGCGGAGCAGGCGACGUGCGCGCAGGUCAAGGAGGGCAAGCCGAACCUCUUCGAGGCCCUGGGUCACAUCUCGAAGAAGCGCACGGUCAAGGACGUCGACGCCAUCAAGGAGACGAUCCACGAGUUCGACGACCAGCUGCCCAUGCUCGCGACGAUGUCCGCCGUCCAGCUCAACGCGUUCUUCCGCGCCGUGACGUUCGUCGAGGCGACGGAGGGCGACACGAUCGUCGUCAAGGACCAGCGCGUCGCGGCGCUCCACCUCAUCUACCACGGACUCGUCAAGACGGCGGGCGGCGCCGACGGCGCCGAGGAGCGCAAGCUCGCCAAAGGCGCCGUCUUCGGCGAGAGCGCGCUGGUCGCGCCCGACGACGGCGACCUCGCCAAGGGCGCGGACGCGGCCAAGGAGCGCUGGCCCGAGAACUACGUCGCGGCGUCGGACUGCAUCGUCCUCGUCGUCAAGCGCACCGACCUCUACCCGGACAAGAAGAAGGAGCCGAAGCGGGCCUACCCGAGCUCCUCCUACUCGGGCUCCGUCGUCGACCGCAUCGUGCAGAUCCUCGAGUACGGCGAGCCGCGGCAGCGGCCGCCGGAGCUCACCAAGGACCUCGCGGGCCUCCUCAACACCUUCGACUUCUUCAAGCAGCUCCCGCGCGACGCCGCGCGGAAAGCGACGGCCCAGCUCGCGUCCGAGGCCGUGCUCUUCUCCAUCGAGUGCAACGACAAGUUCUUCAUCGUCGAGAGCCAGGAGUCGUCGAGCCGGUCGACGGCGAACAUGCAGCUCCUGAACCAGAUCAUGGGCGCGCGCGCGGCCAACGAGAAGCCCGGCGCGGGGCAGGCCAACUACGAGUCCGUGCGCGCCGACUGGCUCUACUUCAUCGUGCGCGGGUCCGUGCGCCACAGCGACGAGGCCGGCGGCGCGCCGCGCGACUACCAGCCCGGCGACAACCUCUUCCUCUCGAACGCGACGAAGGAGGGCGGCGUGCCGUCGGAGAGCUUCCGCGCCGUCGAGCGCUCCGACAUCGUCGUCGUCUCGCCGUCGCACUACCGCCGCGCCGUCGGCCGCGUGCUCGCGCAGCGCGCGCUCAUCUACCCCAUCGCGACGGUGCUCCAGGUGCUGAACCGGCCGCCGUCGCUCCGGACGCCCGAGGACACGGAGCUGCUCUUCAAGCACUGCUCCUGCGUCGGCGCGGGCCGCCGCGGCGUCGGCGGCUGCUUCGGCAAGCUCACGACGGAGCAGCGCACGAGCCUCUGCGGCCGCCUCGUCGUCCAGCACGCGAGCCAGGGCCACCCCAUCUGCUUCCAGGACGAGAUCGGCUCGAGCUUCUACCUGCUCGUGACGGGCUCGGCGAGCGUCUACAAGCGCGGCGACGACGACGAGGCCGCGGACGCGGAGCGGUUCCGGUCCGCGUUCGUCCGCCGGUCCAAGGCCAAGGCCGAGGAGGCGGACCGCGCGCCGUCGCCGGAGAAGUCGCCGGCGAAGCCGCCGGCGUCGCCGACGCGGGGCUUCGGCACGGCCGCCGUGAAGAUGGGCAAGAUGGUCUCCGCGGGCCGGGGCUUCGGGGCCACGGUCAACGGCGGCGGCCGCGCGAUCGGCACGGGCGCGGGCGCGGGCGUCUCGUACGCGGGCGCGGCCGCCACGGCGGGCCAGCGCCAGUUCGGCGCGUCCCACCGCCACGCCAAGGGCGCCGGCGGCAGCGGCCAGCGUCGCUCCUUCGACAUCGAGUUCACCGACUCCGACGACGACGACGACGACGACGACGACGACGACUACGGCGGCCGCGACGGCUCCGUCGCCGCGGCCGCGCGGCGGUCCGUCGACGUCGACGUCGAGCCGGAAUAUACGGGCGAGCACAACGAGGCGCUGGGCCACCGCAUCCACACGCUCCACGCCGGCGACUCCUUCGGCGAGCGGAGCCUCAUCUUCACGGCGCCGCGGAACGCGUCCGUCGUCGCGCGGCGCGACAGCCUGCUCCUCGUGCUCGACAGCGGCGCCUUCGACGACGUCCACAGCGACGGCCUCGUGCUAAACCAGGAGCUCUCCCUCGAGCUGCUCCAGGCGCCCCUGGAGAAGCGCACGGACCGCGCGGCGCGGCUGCUCUUCAGCUUCCUGCUCAACUUCGCGUUCUUCCGCCGCGUCGGCGCGGACGUGCUGCGCAUCCUGCUCCCGGGCAUCCACCUCAAGAACUACGCGCGCAACAACAUCGUGUACCACCAGGGCCAGGAGCGGGACCACUUCUACCUCAUCAUCUCGGGCCAGGUGGGCAUCUUCCAGGUCAUGGCGACGAGCUCGGCCGCCGCGGACGAGCCGAGCUCCGCGGCGGCCGCGCGCGCGUCGCUGAACAAGGGCAAGGGCCGCCAGCCCGUCAUGGUGCGGCGCAAGACCAUGGACGGCGCGCGCCAGCGCCGGGGGUCCCGCGUCGCGGACCCGAACCGGAGCCUCGACGUCGCGGUGCCCGAGUGCGGCAUCUCGAGCUCCGCGUCCUGCAUCGCCAUCAUCGGCCCCGGCGACACCUUCGGCGGCGAGUACCUGCUGUCGACGACGGCCUUCGCGCGGUCCCACUCCACGGUCGUGCUGACGCCGACCGCGGCGCUCAUGCGCAUCGACCGCGACUUCAUCCUCAAGUGGAACGACUGGCACCAGCGCCAGCUCGACGCGCGCCACCUCGCCGAGGCCCUGAACCAGGGCCUGCCGUCGCCCGUGGCGACGCCGUCCGUGCGCGACAUGCUGCGCGCCGAGCAGUGCCGCCACGUGCUCCGCCACAAGCCGAGCACGGCGCGGACCGAGGGCGACAUCCAGGCGCUCGUCGAGUUCUUCGCGCGGAACCACCUCUUCGAGGAGCACAGCGAGGCGACGAAGCGCGACAUCUGCCGCCUGGUCUGGGUGCGCGAGAUCGCCGUGGGCGAGGUAAUCUGGGACGAGCUCGACGUCGACGGCGUCUACGACGACUACGCGCCGGACGAGGACGAGGACUUCUACCUCAUCCUCCAGGGCGCCGUCGCCGCCUACAUGACGUCGGAGGUGUCGCGGAGCUGCCAGGACGAGGUGCUCAAGCUCUGCACGCAGACGCGGAAGAUCGCGCUCGAGAACACGGAGACGGAGGACGGCCUCGGCCGGCGGAUGGGCUACGGCCAGUACCUGUGCACGCUCGUCGCCGGCGACGGCUUCGGCGAGCCGUCGCCGCGGGGGCCCGUCAUGCGCUCCGCGACGACGGUGGCGACGGAGGUCACGGAGGUGCUCGUGCUGAGCCACACGGAGUACGCCGCCGUCUUCGACGGCCGGGGGCGCGGGAGCCGCGCGCCGCGCCAGCUGCGGCCGUCGCUCCUCAAGAGCCGCCUCGACCAGAUGAACAAGUACGAGGCGCGCAUGCUCGCCGAGGGCCGGUCCACGGAGGCCGAGCCGCCCGCGGGCGCGCCCGUGAAGAGCGGCCGGCGGGACCGGAAGAAGCGGGGCAACGCGGAGUCGACGGUGAGCCUCUGGAGCGGCCUGCGCAUGCGCUUCUACGACGAGCUCCUGCGCAACCUCGACGCCUUUGCCGGCAUGGGCGAGGACGCGCUCCAGCGCCUCCUGCCGCGCCUGACCUGCGAGCUCUACGAGAGCGGCGACGUCGUCGUCGAGCCCGGCGCGGCCGCGCGGCGCGUCUUCCUCGUGGCCUUCGGCGUCGUCGACAUCUUCCACGAGGCCAACGCGGGCGCCGCCGUCGGCGAGCUCUACGCCGGGGGCCAGUUCGGCCACGAGCCCCUGCUCUACCGCAAGCGGUUCUCGCCCGUCGGGUAUAGGGCGCGGAGCAUGGUCCUGCUCGUCGCGCUCACGGAGGGCACGUACUGGCCCCACUGGCACUGCAUCUACGACAAGGAGGAGGUCGAGCUCUGCGCCUUCCUGCGGGACAUGCCGCUGCUGGCGGAGAUGUCCCUGGGCGACAUCGUCGCGCUGCGGACGCGGCUCCAGCCGCUGACGAUCCCGCGCGGGUCCGCGAAGACGGAGGACGACGUCGGCGACGACGUCUACGUCGUCUACAGCGGCGAGUGCCAGCUCGUGCUCAUCAAGCGGUCGCUCACGAAGGACGGCGACGCGUCGAAGCGGAGCCCGCGCGGCGUCUCCGAGAGCCGGACGACGGCGCCCGUGGCCAUGGUCGGCAAGUUCUACGCCUUCUCGCGGACGGGGUCGCCGACGCCGGACCCGUCCAUGGACCUGGCGCUCCUGGCGACGGCCCAGUCCGUCGUCAUGAAAUGCCCCGCGGCCUACUUCCGCCAGCACCAGCCGAAGCUGCUCGCGGAGAUCCGCGCGUCGACGCUGCUCAUCGUCGACUGGACCUACACGAACGUGCUCCGGCGCGCCUACGCGGCGCCGCGGGCGGGGAGCGCGGACGACGCGCCCGAGGACCGGUCGCCGUCGCCGACGCGCCUGCCCGCGCUGCCCGCGGCGUCGCCGCGCGAGCCCGAAACUCGCCUCGCGCUCGCGGACUCGCGGCGCGCGCUGCCCGCGCUGCCGAAGCUGCCGCUCGCCUCGAAGAGCGACCAGCUCGACCUGGAGCUGCUGACGCCGGCCAAGUCCGUGUCGCCGCGCGACGCCGUCAUCCUCGCGCCGUCGUCGUCGUCGUUCGGCGGCGGCAUCUCGCUCGACGAGGCGCGGCGGCGCCUCGCGACCUUCGACGCGCACUCCAGGUCCGCCGGCGGCGGCUUCGAGGCCUACAAGGCCAAGAAGCUCGCGCGCGCGUCCGCCAAGGGGCCCAAGAGCGCCCUGUCGAAGCGGCUCCCGGGCGCGUCGCCGCGCGCGGUCGCCGCGCCGCUGCCCGGCAUCUCGCGCGCGUCGACGCGCGACUCGCGGACGUCGCGGCAGACGAGCCGCCAGUCGCGGGGCGACACGCGGAGCUCGAGCCGCCAGGUCGACGCCGCUCCGGGCGCGUCGGGCCCGAGCUCGCGGUCCGCGGACGUCCGGCCGGGCGACCCCGCGCGCGCGGCCGCGGCCGCCGACGCGGGCCGCGCGCUCUUCCGCAAGCCGUCCAAGUUCGUCGCGCCGACGAACGACGCGACGACGGUCCAGCGCCUCCUGCGCCAGACGCGCAAGCGCAACAUGUCCUCCAUCGACGCGACGCGGACGUGGCACGCGCUCUAG